AUGUUACCUGCGGCAGAACGGCCAAACUCCAGCCUCGUGGCGAUAGCCAUUUUGGACGAAGAAUAUCAAAUGAUGGCCGAACACCCGCAAGACCCGAGCAGUUACACAUUGGGACGCAUCCACAGUCACAACGUGGUGAUUGCGCGCAUGCCCGAGGGGGUAGAUGAGCCGGUCUCCACCGCCAACGUCGCCAAGGAUAUGGAGAGGACGUUCCCCGGGCUUCGCGUCGAUUUGAUGGUCGGCGUCAGUGGUGGCAUCCCCAACCUUGCCCUGGGCGUCGACAUUCGCCUGGGAGAUGUUGUGGUGAGCAAACCAAAGAAUUGCCGGGGAGGCGUGGUGCAAUAUGACAAGGGCAAGGCUGAGGAUGGAGGGAAGUUCAUGGUCAAAGGACAACCCAACCAGCCGCCUGCUCUUCUCUUGCGUACUUGA